UGUCCGAUUACUGCUGUGUAAUAAUAAUAAUCAUAAUAAUAAUAGUGGUAAAGUUGUACUUCCGGGGUUAAAGGCAGCGUGGGGGAGCCGGAAGCGCAGCAGAGUCGGCAUGGCGCUCGCCCUGAGAGGACGCUUGGUCGCCUUGUCAAAGGGGCUCGGUGGCCCUUGGCUUCAUCAGCUCAGCUCUAGGUCACUUGGGGUGUCAGCUUGCCUGCAUGCACCAGAGGCCCCCCCAGCACGUGCGGACAGCAUCUUCAAGGUCACCAUGCUGCCAGGCGAUGGUGUAGGCCCCGAGCUUAUGACUGCUGUGAAGGAAGUCUUCAAGGCAAGCGACGUGCCUGUGGAGUUUGAGGAGUUCCACCUGAGUGAGGUGCAGAAUAUGGCCAGUGAGGAGAAGCUUGAUCAAGUGUUGACGUCUAUGAAGAACAACAGAGUGGCGAUCAAAGGAAAGAUCCACACACCAAUGGAGUACAAGGGAGAGCUGGCCUCCUAUGAAAUGAAACUGAGGCGGAAGCUGGACCUGUUUGCCAAUGUGGUGCAUGUGAACAGUCUGCCCGGAUACAACACUCGCCACAACAACUUGGACCUGGUCAUCAUCCGAGAGCAGACAGAGGGGGAGUACAGCUCCUUGGAGCAUGAGAGUGUGAAGGGAGUCAUCGAGUGUCUUAAGAUCAUCACUCGAGAGAAGUCCCGCCGCAUCGCUAAGUUUGCUUUCGACUACGCCACCAAGAAGGGACGCAGCAAGGUGACGGCCGUGCACAAGGCCAACAUCAUGAAGCUGGGAGAUGGCCUCUUCUUGCAGAGUUGUGCAGAGGUGGCCGAACUCUACCCCAAGAUCAAGUAUGAAAACUUAAUCAUUGAUAACUGCUGCAUGCAGUUGGUGCAGAACCCAUACCAGUUUGAUGUGCUAGUCAUGCCUAACCUGUAUGGGAACAUCAUUGACAACCUGGCAGCUGGGCUGGUGGGAGGAGCUGGGGUUGUUCCAGGAGAGAGCUACAGUGCAGAGUACGCCAUGUUCGAGACCGGAGCCCGUCACCCCUUUGCCCAGGCGGUGGGCAGGAACAUUGCCAACCCCACGGCUAUGCUUCUAAGUGCUGCCAACAUGCUGAGGCACCUCAGCCUCGACUACCACUCCUACAUGGUGUCUGAUGCAGUCAAGCGGGUCAUCAAGCAGGGCAAGGUACGGACCAGAGACCUGGGUGGGUACAGUACCACAGGUGACUUUGUGCGUGCUGUUGUGGACAACCUGCGAUGUCGGCCCGCAUGCUGAGGAUCCCUGAAGUCUCAGAGCCUGAUCCAACUCCCUGCCCCCACCCUCAUCAUCCUGCAUUUACUGUAGAUCAUAUGGGUCUUUUCUUUGCUCUCCAUGUAGUUCAUUAACCGUUUCUUCAUCGUUUCAAUGUUGUCAUUGUUUUUUUUCCCCCCCCAAAUACUUCAGGUCUGUGUUCUCUGUUACCCCAUAUCCUCUAAAAGCUGCCCUGUUAACUGAACAUGAUCGUGUCGGUUCCAAGGCGGCUGCUGAGGUUUAUGCCACUGCUUCUCUUAUUGUGGUCUGGCAUUUCUAUUGUGUUAUGCUAGUAUGGCUGUUUAUCAGUCAUGCUUUAUCCAGUGCAGUUCAUGUCAUGUAAUUAAAACUUUUCCAUCUUCAACUGUUAAAAGAUGUCCACUGUUUAUCAGCUAUCAUAUGAAUUGUUUUUUUUUUUGUGUGGUUUAAAAAAAUAAGUUACAUACGCGUAUCCAAACACUGUGGUGGUGGUAUGUGAAGUAUACAGAUUGCUGCUUAGCAAUUUAAUACUUUUACAUAUGUAUUUACAAUACACCUUUUGUAGAAGAACAGGGGGUGAAAAGGGUACAUUUUAUACCAUCCAACCAUCCAUCCAUCAUCUGCCGCUUAAUCCAAGGUCGGGUCGCAGAGGCAGCAGUCUCAGCAGGGAGGCCCAGACUUCCCCCUCCCCACUUCAUCCAGCUCCUCUGGGGGGAUCCCGAGGCGUUCCCAGGCCAGCCAAGAGACAUAGUCCCUCCAGCGUGUCCUGGGCCUUCCCCAGGGCCUCCUCCCAUUUAUACCAUUUUUUUGUUUUACUUUUAAAACUUUCUUUGUGUUUACUUUUGUGUUCAAAAAAUGUGGGGGGUCUAUACAGUUUGUGUAGGUUAGAGCUGUUUGGGAGAACCAUUGCUCAGUUGAUAAUGUUGUUUACUUUUAUCAUACACUUUUAUCCAAAGUACAAUAGAAUAAUCAUAGAGCCGAGGGCCUUGUUCAAAGGCCUGACGGUGACAUCACUACCAACCGGCUAUGGGAUGUGAACCAAAAACCUUACAGGCACAGCCGCCUAAACCACUGGGCCACACGGCGGCUCAUGUGUUUGCACUCUGGCACAGAGAAACCCUGUUCGUGACCAAUCCCUCCAGCGACAAUCGGCAAUUAUCACCAAGGCACUGAGGCGUGAAUUGAGCGAGUGUGUAUGUGUGCAGAUACAUGCCGUGUGCCUUUGUAAUGUGGUGUCCUUCCACACGACAGGUGCGCACAGCAGACCUGGGGGGCUACGCAUCCUGUGAUGAGUUCACUCGUGCCGUCAUCUCCAGCCUGGCUGUCUAGCCACACGCCAGCUGCCGCGUUCGUCAAACUGUUGCCUUUCAUUGUAUUUUCCUUUCACUUUUCUCUCUCCCACUAUCUGUUUCAAACAUACUCACAGGGACACAGGCUCCGUGAAGGUUUCACAUAAGAAUGCGCUUAAGCUGUUCACUUCGGUGCUAUUCUGUACAUGUUAGUUUUAUCAUAUUAAAGAACUUUUUUUUUCCCCAAGUAAACAACAGACAUUUCCUGCCCCUAGGUUGUAUCUUGCGUAUUGCGCGAUGUAUUGUUCGACAAUGAUCAUGUCUGAGUUGCGCUGCUUAACUGGUGAAAAUUUAAUACUAAACUUUAAUGCUGUUUGUUUAUUUUUCUAAUUGUGAUCUUCCUUUCAGCUUGGGAUAGUAAAAAUAACACCAAACAGACUAGUCUAUGAUUCAAGCUGUGUGCUAUUUUUCUAUAUUUCUCUUUGACCGGUAAGUUGCAUUCUGCUCUGUUAUUAUGUGGUUUUGUCUCUCAAGUUCAAAACGGUUUUAAGAGGGACAGAUACAUAUCUGUAUGCUUUAUUUUGCCCGCUGUGCCAUCUACUAUUUCCAGAUCUAAUAAACUUGACUUGCAGAA